UAUGAACUUGCCGUUUUGCUGAUUGCUUCGCUCUUUGCGACUUCGCGGACGACGCACAGGAUACCGCCGGCCUGUUUGUCAAUUAUCCUCAACUGGCGGCGGCUUGCUUUCACAUCCUCGACGCGAGAUUCUUCGCGCUGGACGCGUUAACUCAAGGCACCAUGGCAUCGACUGUUCUGAACGGCGGCCCUGCGGGGCCCGCGAUUGGCGCCCCGAAAAGCAAGCGCUUCUCCGACAUCCCUGCCACACUCGACAUCCCUAUGCCGGAUGAGAUGGAGGUGGAGAUUGACCUUGAAGUGCUGCCUGACGACCCGACCGAGCUAUGCACAGUCUUCGAGAACGAGCAUUCGCCCCGGAUAUACUGGAUGACAGUCGCCCUCGCGUAUGCGAAGCAGAACAAAAUCGACUUCGCCAUCGAGAUGCUCAUCCGCGGUGCCAAUGUCCUGCAGGCGAACCAGCGGGAGAAACUCAGCAUCAUUACUUGCCUCUGCUGGCUGUACCUGUGGAAGAGCAGGGAGGCGCCCAGAGUAGCCCCCGAGGGCUCGUUAGUCUCAGAGGCAAAGACAAAGGAAUACUAUCUUCAGUUAGCCACGCAGAGCCUUAAUGAAGCAUCGAGGAUCAACCCAGCCUUCCCGCCGCUCUUCCUAGCUCGUGGUGUCCUGAUCCUCCUGAGGGCCUCCCUCCAGCCACCGUCCAAGGCCCCCGGGUCAGUCGAUUCGAACAAGGCAGAACAGUUGCGCAACGCCCUAAAGUCGUUUGAGGAAGCAAUUCGCGUGUCUCAGGGAAAGAAUAUGCUGGCGACCAUGGGGAAGGCGCGUGCCUUGUUCUCGCUUGGGAAGUACCCAGAAUCUCUGGCUGCCUACCAAGAGGUGCUGGCCAAGAUGCCGGACAUGAUUGACCCGGAUCCGCGUAUUGGUAUUGGCUGCUGCUUCUGGCAGCUCGGCUUCAAAGAUGAUGCCAAGGGUGCCUGGGAGCGGUGCUUGGAGAUCAACCCAGACUCCAAAGUUGCGAACAUUUUGCUGGGUCUCUACUACCUCGACGUCAGUGGCCAUGUGCCGAUCAACAGCCCCGAGUUCAUCCGCCUGUACAAAAAGGCCAUGACGGAAUAUGCCCAGAAAUCUUUCAAGCUUGACAAGAACCUACCUCUCGCCUGCGCCACAUUUGCCGGCUACUUCCUUUCCCGCAAGCAAUUCACGAACGUCGACGCCCUUGCCCACAAGGCUAUCCAGUAUACGGAUGUCAACGCCGUCGCCAGUGAUGGCUGGUACCUCCUUGCCCGAAAGGAGCACUACGAUGGUAACCUGGACCGCGCCAGCGACUACUACCGCCGUUCCGACGAUGCCCGGGGAGGGACUGAGCGCGGCUUCUUGCCCGCCAAGUUCGGGGUUGCACAGCUCUCCGUGAUCAAGAACGACCUUGGUGAAGCGAAGCUCCGCCUGGAGAAAAUGAUCCAGCAGUCCAAGAAUUACGAGGCUAUGGUUCUACUAGGUACUCUGUAUGCUGAGGAGGUAUUCGCCAACCAGUCCGCGGCGGUGAAGGAAGACAAAAGCGCCGAGGGAAAGAAGGCCGUUGGACUCCUGGAGGGCGUCCGUUCCGCUUGGAAGGACCCGAAGAAGAACCUCGCACCCGAUGCGGCCGUUCUACUGAACCUCGCCCGUCUUUAUGAGAGCGACAGCCCGGAUAAGGCGUUACAGUGUCUCCAGCAGGUCGAGCAGUUGGAGAUUGAUCAGGUUCCACAGUCAGAGUAUCCUGCGGAAACGGCGGAUGAAGCGGCCACCCGCGCUGCCAUUCGCAAGCUCCUGCCACCACAACUGCUCAACAACAUCGGCUGCUUCUACUCGCAGGACGGAAAGCAUAGGAUCGCUACUCAGUAUUUCCAGGCCGCUCUUGACUCUUGCGCUCGCAUUAGCGAGACUGAGAGCGAAGUGGACACCGACGCGCUUCUGACGACGAUCUCGUUCAAUCUCGGUCGGAGUUAUGAGUAUGAGGGUGAGAUAGAUAAGGCUAUCGAGACCUACGAACAUCUGUUGAGCCGCCACAGCGACUACACGGACGCUCGGACACGGCUCGCCUACAUCAAGCUGCGCAAGAACCCCAACAAGGAGGGCCCCGACGCGGUAGCGAAGCUCUACCAGGAGAACUCGGCCGAUCUGGAAGUCCGUGCCUUGUACGGCUGGUUCUUGGGCAAAGUGAACGCCAAGAAACGACCGGCGAACAUCGCAGAGGACCCCGAGCAGCGCCAUUACAAGCACACCCUACAGAAUUACGACAAGCACGACCGAUACGCCCUCGUGGGCAUGGGUAACCUGCACCUUAUGUCCGCUCGCGAGAUGCGCCGCGAGACGGAGCAGGACAAGCAGAAGCGGAGUGCUGCGUACAAUCGUGCGGUCGAAUUCUUCGAUAAGGCGCUGCAGCUGGACCCGAAGAACGCGUAUGCGGCCCAGGGGAUCGCCAUCGCACUCGUGGAGGACAAGAAGGACUACAAGAACGCCCUGCAGAUUUUUAUCAAGGUACGCGAGACGAUCCAGGAGGCACAUGUUUACGUCAACCUAGGCCACAUCUAUGCCGAGCUGCGACAAUUUAGCAAAGCCAUCGAGAGCUACGAGAUUGCGCUCUCCAAGGAGGGCAAGGCUAACGAUGCCGGCAUUCUGUCGUGUCUUGGGCGAACAUGGCUCAAUAAGGGCAGGGCAGAGCGAAAUCUGGACGCCUACAAGACGGCAUUGGAUUAUGCGAAGAAGGCCCUCGCCGUGGCGCCCGAGCAACUUCACUUCAAGUUCAAUGUCGCCUUCGUGCAAAUCCAACUCGCCCUGACCCUCCACGCCAUGCGCGACAGCGAGCGUACUUCCUUCCAGUUGGAAGAAGCCGCCGAUGGCCUCGAGUCAGCGAUCAAGACCCUCGACGAAAUUGCCGCCUCGCCGUCGCCGCCCUACCCCAAACACGACAUCGAGCAGCGCGCCAACAUGGCCCGCAACACGCAGCGCAAGCAGCUCGAGCGUGCCCUCGCCAGCCAGCGAGAGUACGAAGCCAAGAACAAGGAAAAGCUCGCCGCGGCCCUUGAACAACGACAGGCGGAGCUGCGCCGGCGCGAAGAGGAACGCCGCAAGGCUGAGGAGGCGGAGCGCGAGCGGCAGGACAAGAUCCGGAAGGAGCGCGAAGAAAUUGCCGCACGCGAUCGGGCGCUCGCCGAGCAGCGCGCCGAAGAAGAGCGGGCGCGACGCGAGGCUGAGAUGACGACAGACCCGGAGACGGGCGAGAAGGUUAAGCGGCGGAAGCGGACGGUGCAGCGGCGCGAGCGCGACUCGCGGUCCGGCGAGCCACGACCGGCGAAAGGCGGCCGGAGAUCGCGCAAGAAGAAGGCUGCCGAUGGCGAGACAGACGGCGAAGACUCUGGCGCUGCUAGUGGCGGCGAGAAGAGACGCCCGAAGAAGAGGCAGCGGCUGGCCAGCAAAAACGAGUCGGCCAAGUACAAGUCGGCCGAGAUCGUGGUGGACAGUGAUGAGGAUGACGAUGGCGGGUACGGCCGCGGUGAGGAGGAAGAGGAUGCGCUCGAGAGGGCGGAGCGCGCGCUGCAGAGGUCGCAGCGGGAGUCCGGUACCCAGAGCCGGAGCCAGACACCCGCGUCUGCGACGGAGGAAGAAGACGAGGGUGCCCGGAGACAAGCGCGUCGUCCGCGGAAGAGAGAGUCCUCUGCAGCGGACGGGGAUGACAACGAUGCUGACCGGAUGGACGUGGACAGGGAGGAGGCUCGUGGGGGCCGUGAGCAGGCGGACGCGGGUGAUGCAGAGGAUGAAGACGAUGAGGAGACUGUGACGCGCAGGUCCCAGGCGAAGAGGUCUCGUCGCGGGCGCAUCUUGGACGAGAGCGAUGAGGAAGAAGGGGAGGGCACAUCCCCGCCUGCGGCAGCUCCAACCCCCGGCGCGGCCAGCGGUGGUGAGGAGGAUGGGCGGGCUGAUACCAGCAUGGUUGACGCGGCUGAUGAGGAGUGAAGGCGACGGGGGUUUCUGCUUGUCGCAAAGAAGGGGAAGGGACUGUCGAGACGGUAACAUGUAUUGUAUUAAUUUUAUGGCUGAACUGGGUGAAUCGGUUUCUAAAUAGACACCUCGCUGCAGCAGAGGGGGUGAUUAUCGAGCGUCUGCCUUCGUUUCGGUCCCCUUCGUCGCCAUGGCACAGUCGACAUGUAUUAUGUCCAGCAGCUGCAGG